AUGCUCCUUCCUUCUUUGUGGCAGCGACCUCAGGGGCCCAAUCAGGGGCUGUGGCGCCCUCAGAGACCCCCUCAAGGGCGGUGGGGGCACAAGGGGCUCUCCCAGGAGCGGCAGUGCCCCCAAGGGUCCUUCCAGAGGUGGUGGUGCCCCCCCAGCGGCGACGGCUCAUCCAGGGGCCUCACAGGAAUGGUGGCGCCUCCAGGGGCCAUCCUUAGGGGUGGUAGCUCCCCUCGGGCACUUUCAGCUUCAGCAGGUCCUCCAGGGGCCCUGCCAGGGGGCUGCGGCGCCGCUGCGAGCUCUCGCAGGGGCGACGGCACUCCCAGGAGCCAUCCCAGGAUCUAUGGUUCCUUCAGGGUCCCUCCCAAGAGUGCCGGCGCCUCCAGGGCCCUUCCACGGGUGGCUGCGCCUUCAGGGGCCCUCGUUAGGAGUGGGGGCAACCCAUGGGGCCCUGGAAGGGGCGGGGGUUCCUUUAGGGACCCUUCAUGGGGCGGCGGGGGCACUCCAAGAGGCGGUAGCGUCACCGCCCGGACUGCCAAAGGAGGCAAAGCCCCCAAGGGCCCUGCCAGGGGCUGUGGCACCCUCAGGUGUCUUACAGGGGCCGCGGCAACCCCCGGGGCUCUCCGUAGUUUGGCAGUGCUUCCACGGGCCCUCCCAGGGGUGGCGAAGACCCCAGGGGACCUUCUAGAGGCGCCCUCCAACCAGGAGCCCUAUAGCUUCCUUGCGACCCCAGGCCCAGCCAGGGCCUGUGGCGCCUCAGAGACCUCAGGGGCGGUGGGGGCACAAGGGCUUCCCAGAGUGGCAGUGCCCCCAGGGGUCCUUCCAGAGGUGGUGCCCCUCAGUGGCAACGGCUCAUCCAGGGGCUCUCACAGGAACGAUGGCGCCUCCAGGGGCCAUCCUGCAGGGCUUCCCCCGGGCACUUCUCAGCUUCAGCAGGUCCUCCAGGGUCUGCCAGGGGUGGCGCCCUGCGAACUCUCGCAGGGGUGGAGGCACUCCCAGGGGCCAUCCCAGGUCUAUGGUUCUCGGGGUCCCUCCCAUGAGUGUCAGCGCCUCCAGGGCCCUUUCACGGGUGGCUGCACCUUCAGGGGCCCUUGUUGGGAGUGGGGGCGACCCCUGGGGCCCUGGAAGGGCAGGGGUUCUUGGAGGCCCCUCAUGGGGCGGCGGGCACUCCAAGAGACAGUAGCGUCACGCCCAGAUUGCCAAAGGAGGCAGAGCCCCAAGGGCCCUUGCCAGGCUGUGCACCUCAGGUAUCUUCAGGCUGUGGCGCCCCAGGGCAAUGCUGGGCGGGAGGCACCCUGGGGCUUCAGUUUGGCUGUGGUUCCACAGGCCUCCGAGGGUGCAAAAAUAACUGCCCACAAAGGCCCUGCAGAAGUGGCGCACCCUGGGGCCCUCCCAUUUGACCUGCCAGGUGAAGCACCCAAGGGCCUCCUAGGUGCGACAGGCGCUCCCAGAGUGGCCUCCCAAGGAAGCCGGUGCUCCCAGGGCCCUGGGCCAUCCUUAGGGAGCAAUGGCUUCCCGGGCACUCUCAAUGACCUUGGUACUCCAGGGGGCCCUGCCAAGCUGAGCACAGCAGCCAGCGCCCCAUGGCUCUCCUGUUGCGCCGGCGCUCCCAGGGCCAUCCAGGGACUAGGGUUCCUUGGGUUCCUCCUGAGGGUGGUCGCCUCCACGGCCCUUCAAGGUGGCUGCGCCUUCAGGAACCUCGGCUCUACAGGAUUAAUUUUCUACCCACGGGCCCCUCCUAGGGGUGGCGGCGACCCCAUGGGAACUCUUAGAGCGCCCCCCUCCCAGGAGCCCUAUAGCUUCCUUGUGGCGCACCCUGGGGGCCCUCCCGUUCGACCUGCCAGGUGGAAAACCCCAGGGGCCCUCCUAGGUGGGCAAGCGGCUCCCAGUGGCCUCCAGAGGCAGUGCUCCCAGGGGCCCUGUCAGAGAGCUGUGGCACACCCAAAGGUUUCCAUGGUCGGGUGGCGCCCUACUUGGGCGUGGUCCAGUGCUGGGGGGUUUUCCCAAGCAGCGGCGCCGCCAGAAGGUUCUCCCAGGGGCCCUCCCGAUGCGGAGGCCCUGGGGAACCUCCCAAAGCGACAGCACCCCAGGCUCCCUCCUUCUUUGUGGCAGCGACCUCAGGGGCCACCAGGUGCUAUAGCGCCUCAGAGACCCUCUCCAGGGGCGGUGGGGGAGCCUCAAGGGGGCCUCAGAGGCAGUAGCGUCACCGCCCAGACUGCCAAAGGAGGCAGAGCCCCCAAGGGCCUGCCAAUGUGUGCCUCAGGAGUCUACAGGGGCUGGGAGCGCCUAACAGCAAUCACCAGGCAGCAGCACCCCCAGAAGGGCUCUCCGUGGUUUGGCAGUGAUUCCACGGGCCUCUGGGUGCUUGAGCCCUGGGGACCUUCUAGGCGCCCCUCCAAAGGCCUAUAA